ACGCCCCGCCCCGCGAGGGCAGCGCGAGGCUGAGGCGGGCAGGCGCCUGCUGCGGGCGGGCGCUGCAGGCGGGAGGGCGGCGGGAGCGGGAGGAGGAGCGGCCAGCGCCGCCACCACCGCCGCCAUAGAGACUGUAGCCGUGGAGACUGUUACUUACCAACGCGGAGCGACACGCAGCGGCCGACGCCGCGGGAGCCGCUACCGGAACUCCCUGCCGAACUCCAGCAUGAUUGUCAUCUGAUCUUCUGUGACCUUGGUGUUACCUGCCUUCUCAGCUGGGUAAUCAUGGCUCAUACAAAAAGCAUUUGGUGAUGACAUGAGCGCUGGGUUCCUUCCUUCAGCUCCUGGUGAAUAAGGCACUAGGAUUGAGAAUCCCAGCAUGCAGAACUCCGAGGGAGGAGCAGAUUCGCCAGCGUCAGUGGCUCUUCGUCCUGCAGCCCAGCCCAUGCCAGCCUCCCCACAGAGGGUGCUGGUCCAAGCUGCAGGCGCCACUCCCAAGGGUACCCCGAUGCAGACACUCGCCCUCCCCAGAGUCCAGCCAGUGCCACCGCAGGUACAGCACGUGUACCCCACACAGGUGCAGUACGUAGAGGGUGGGGACGCUGUCUACGCCAACGGAGCCAUCCGAGCUGCCUACGCCUACAACCCAGACCCUCAGCUAUACGCUCCCAGCACCGCAGCAUCGUACUUUGAGACUCCAGGUGGUGCUCAGGUGACAGUGGCAGCCUCAUCCCCACCUGCAGUCCCCUCCCACAGCAUGGUGGGCAUCACCAUGGAUGUCUCGGGGACCCCCAUUGUGUCUGGCGCAGGAGCCUACCUCAUCCAUGGGGGCAUGGAUGGCACAAGACACUCCCUGGCCCACACUGCACGGUCCUCACCUGCCACGCUUGAAAUGGCGAUUGAGACUCUCCAAAAAAGCGAAGGCCUUGCCCCCCACAAAGGCGGCCUACUCAACAGCCAUCUCCAGUGGCUUCUGGACAAUUACGAGACAGCAGAGGGCGUGAGCCUGCCCCGUAGCUCCCUGUACAACCACUACCUGCGCCACUGCCAGGAGCACAAGCUGGAGCCAGUCAAUGCCGCAUCCUUUGGCAAGCUCAUUCGCUCUGUGUUCAUGGGCCUGCGUACACGACGCCUGGGCACCAGGGGCAACUCAAAGUACCAUUACUAUGGGAUCCGCCUGAAGCCAGACUCCCCACUGAACCGACUGCAGGAAGACACACAGUACAUGGCCAUGAGGCAGCAGCCCACACACCAGAAGCCUAGGUAUCGGCCAGCCCAGAAGUCAGACAGCCUCGGGGAUGGUAGCACUCACAGCAACAUGCAUGGUGUGCCGGAGCAGGCCAUGGCCACGCAGGGCCAACACCACCAGCAGUAUAUAGAUGUGUCCCACGUCUUCCCGGAGUUCCCGGCACCUGACCUAGGCAGCAUGCCACUGCAGGAGAGCAUCACCCUCCAUGACAUAAAGGCCCUGCAGCUGGUGUAUCGCAGGCACUGUGAGGCUACCUUAGAUGUUGCCAUGAACCUCCAGUUUCAGUACAUUGAGAAGUUGUGGUUGUCCUUCUGGAACUGCAAGGCCACCUCCACCGAUGACCGUGCCUCACUGCCUGCCAGAGAUGAGGAGCCAGAAGUCACCCUCCUCCCUAAGGAUAAGCUCAUCUCUCUGUGUAAAUGUGAGCCAAUCCUACAGUGGAUGCGAAGCUGCGAUCAUAUCCUGUACCAGACGCUGGUGGAAACCCUUAUCCCAGAUGUGCUGCGGCCCGUCCCCAGUUCCCUCACCCAGGCCAUCAGGAACUUUGCCAAAAGCCUAGAGGGCUGGCUCAUCAAUGCUAUGAGCGGCUUCCCUCAGCAGGUCAUCCAGACCAAGGUGGGUGUUGUAAGCGCCUUCGCACAAACGCUGCGGCGCUACACGUCCCUCAACCACCUGGCGCAGGCGGCACGAGCAGUGCUGCAGAACACGUCCCAGAUUAACCAGAUGCUGAGUGACCUCAAUCGAGUGGACUUUGCCAAUGUGCAGGAGCAGGCUUCAUGGGUGUGCCAGUGUGAGGAGAGCCUGGUGCAGCGUUUGGAGCAUGACUUCAAGGUCACCCUGCAGCAGCAGAGCUCACUGGACCAGUGGGCCAGCUGGCUGGACAACGUGGUCACCCAGGUCCUGAAGCAGCACUCAGGCAGCCCCAGCUUCCCCAAGGCCGCGCGCCAGUUCCUGCUCAAGUGGUCCUUCUACAGCUCCAUGGUGAUCCGUGACCUGACCCUACGCAGUGCUGCCAGCUUCGGCUCCUUCCACCUUAUCCGACUGCUGUAUGAUGAGUACAUGUUCUACCUGGUGGAGCACCGUGUGGCCCAGGCCACCGGGGAGACACCCAUUGCCGUCAUGGGCGAGUUCAAUGAUUUGGCCUCCCUGUCACUGACCCUGCUGGACAAAGAGGACAUUGGGGAUGGACACAGCAGUGAGGCAGAUGUGGAUGGCCGCAGCCUGGGUGAACCCCUGGUGAAGCGGGAACGGAGUGACCCCAGCCACCCACUGCAGGGCAUCUAGCCCCUUCUCUGGGCGUCUUCCACGGACUUCCGGAAGGCGUCACCUGGCCCUCUAAGGACCUGGACUCUCAGCUGUAUCACACUAGUGCCUCUUCAAUGAUACCAUGUUUACUGUGACCCAAGGUGCCAUGGGAUCCCCACCCACAGGGUGCCAGAGACUGGGGAACUAAGAUGGUCAUUCAAGCUGCCAUACUCUGCUAAAGUGCCCCUCACUCUGGGCUGUCCCCCAGAGGAUACAGCAACCAGCUGAGUGUGUGUGAGUUGUGAGGCACAUCCCCAGGAAAUGUCCCAGCCACCUUGGUGGCUUUCCCACUCAGCUGCUCCCAGCUUAACCACCAUUUCAAAGAAAGGCCACUCUAGCAGAGCCCAAAGUGAGAGGAGCCAUACUACUGUGAGUCCCCACGCCUAAUGGCCUCUCAUGGACAGGACAGGCCUCUAGGACGUGCCCUGGGUUACAAGCUAACUGCAUCUCAUCUCAUCCUGGACAGGUCCAAGCCCCAAAAGAUAACAGGCUCCAAGCAGGGCCAGUCAAACCCAGAUGCUCAGCCCAUCUGCUUGACUAUAGACUUUCUGUCCAAUUCACAGUUGAUACCAAGAUAACCUGGGGGGCCUGUGCUGGGUUUCCCCAAGUAGCCGCAGGGAUCAACACCAUGUCCACGCCUCCCAACAGAACUCCAAAACCUGUGCUCACGGCAAUGCCUGAGCCACUGCAGUCUUCCAGACACCUCCCCCAAACUAGCCAUGCUUGCUGCUGGCCUGUGGCCAACCCCUUCUCAGCCCCAGACCAUUAGAUCUCUGCGGACAAGUGAACACUAGGCCUGUUGGGCUGCUGUUGCCCUGUGGAGAACCCUUCCCUAACACAACCCUGCCGCUCACACCUAGGAAGCACCUAAUGAAAUAUGAUGGGUUGGGUUGGUUUUUCUUUUUUUUUUUUUUUUUUUUUUUUUUGAAAAAAAAAUGCCCCCCCAAUAGUUUUGUGCUAUAAUUGUUCUUAGAAGGUUCUUGUGAAUGUGUCCAUUGCAACAUACCUGGCGUCCAUGUUUGUUCAUUCAGGCGGCACUGGUCACCAACACAGAGCUUUUAGACAGAACAGCUUUAAAGGAUGGUUUCCUUCUGGACACCGAUGCUUACCGUGACUGGAUGACCAGGGUCUCCCCUUUGUGGAAAGCAAUACACACUGGAUUUU